GUCUGAUGAGCAUGGAUGUGUCUGAGGAGUUUGACUACGAUUACCAUGAGAACAUCAGCUUCAACUUCAGCUAUGAGGACUACCCCGCCCUCUGUAAGAAGGGGGACAUCCGGUCCUUCGCUGCAGUCUUCCUCCCCAUCAUGUACACUGUGUGCCUCGUUAUUGGACUGGCGGGAAAUGCGUUAGUCGUGGUGGUCUAUGCCUACCACAAACGCCUCAAGACCAUGACGGACGCCUUCCUGACUCACUUGGCCGUGGCUGACCUGCUGCUGCUCUUCACACUGCCUUUCUGGGCUGCUGAUGCAGCGAGGGGCUGGGAGCUGGGCGAGGUCUUGUGUAAGAUCGUGUCAGCCUGCUACACAAUCAACUUCACCUGCUGCAUGCUGCUGCUGGUCUGCAUUAGCCUGGAUCGCUACUUAGCUUUAGCUAGAGCACAGGGAAAAGACCAAAGAUGGCUGCUGGGGAAGGCGUUCACCAGGAGACACUGUUGGAAGGUGUGUUUGCUUGUUUGGACGACAGCUUUCCUUCUCGGUCUUCCUGACUUGAUUCUCUCAGAAGUAAGGUAUGCGUCUAGCAGGAGCAUGUGUCUGGCUGUCUACCCUCCAUCCAUGCCUAGAGGCUUGAAAGCUGUCCUGGAGAUGGUAGAGGUUCUGCUCGGGUUUCUGCUUCCCCUCGUCAUCAUGGUUAUCUGUUACUGCAAUGUGGGCUGGACACUGAAGAACCUCCCUGUUGAGAGCAGAGGCAAAAAGUGGAAAGCUCUGCAUGUCCUCCUGAUAGUUGUCGCAGUGUUUGUGGUCACCCAGCUGCCUUAUAAUGUGUUGAAGGUGUAUCGAGCAAUGGACUCGGCCUACGUCUUAGUAACACACUGCGAGACGAGUAAAGUGUUGGAUCGGGCGGCGCAGGUGACAGAGAGCUUGGCCCUCACUCACUGCUGCCUCAACCCCAUCCUCUACGCCUUCAUGGGGUUGUCCUUCAGACAUCACAUGAUGAAAAUGGUGAAGAAGUUUGGGGAGAGGAGGAGGAGAAGGAGGGAAAAUCCUGCUGUGGAGGAAGGACUGGAGAUGUCAUUUAACUCCCACAGUGCAUCCCAAGAGACAAACACAUUCUCAAUAUGAGUCACCCAAAGUUCUUCAUAGUGACAGAUAUGUUAUAAAUCACAGCAACAGCGUGUGGAAAUAAAGAACUUAUAAAUGAUUUUCACUGACGUGUUAAUCCCACUACAAAAACAGGACCUUUUUGUUUUCCAUAUCCCAAAUUAUUAAAAGUCAGUCAAACAUAAUAAACUUGUCUCUGCCUACACUUCAAACAAAAAUGAAAAUCAAAUGUGUUUUUUUUCUCUGAUGAGUGAUGGAUGAAUAUAUUCAUUUUGUGGUUUGCUUCAGUGUUACAAUUUUUAUACUAAUAAGUGAUGUUUUAUUUUAACUUGACUUUUUACAGUUACAUGACAAUAAACUCUUUGAACCAUGACUUGAGUCAGAGAUAAUGUAUGGUGAACCAGUAGUUAUGUUAAUUAGAAUCCUGAUGCAGUAAGACAUGACCCUGACAUGUGUCUGUCAAAAAACAGUCUGAAACAUCUGUGCUUUCCGAGGGUUUUGUGCAUGUGCAAAUAACACUUGCUCUGGAGAAUUAACCUGGGUACUAUAUGCAGCUCUGGCUAUGCUAACCUGCAAAUGUUAAGCAUGUUUUACUUGAUGUAACACAUCUGCAUUGGCCACAAACCAGAUUGACUACACAUGCCUGUCUGCUGAGUGAACUGAGGACUCAUUGUGUUCCACCUGCUAACAUUGCCCCAGUUA